AACCAUCGAAAACCUUCAUGACAAUCCUGGAACAACGGAGAGGGACCCAUGCAGAUCUCCAGAGGUGAAACACCGUGAAUCAUUCAGAGAACUCACCAUCGAGUUUCCCGCUGCAAAAUGAAAUGUUCCGCUACCCAGACCGAAAAACCGUCAGUCAGCGAGGGUUCUUCCGUGCAGUACAGGAGAGUUCUCAUCGUCCUCGCAUUUUUCGGUGCGGUUUGUGUUUACGCGAUGCGUGUCAAUAUGAACGUGGUCAUCGUGUCGAUGGUAAAUCACGAAGCGGUACGAAUGGACACAAAAAUGAGCGAUUGCAAGUUGGCGUCGACCAAUUCCGAAAGCGCAGGAUUCUCGCCAAGAAAUUCAACUUUCCUGAGGAACGGACCAUUCGCUUGGAGUCCGAAGACCCAGGGUGUGAUCCUCGGGGCAUUCUUCUGGGGAUACGUAAUCACGCCGAUCCCAGGAGGAUUCAUGGCCGAAAGAUACGGCGGAAAAUGGCUUUUCGGUUUGGGAGUUGUGCUGACCGGGAUCCUGGGCAUGCUGAUACCGAUCGUGACCACGAAAUUCGGUCACGAAGGUCUCAUCGGCAUCCGAGCUCUUCAAGGUUUCUGUGAAGGUGUUACCUAUCCCGCCCUGGAAGCACAACUAGCUUUUUGGAUUCCAAAGAGUGAAAGAUGCACGGCGAUAACUUGCGUCCAUCAAGGAGGCUUCAUGGGCGUCGUUAUCGGGAUGUUGGUUUCAGGAAAACUGGCAGCAUCGGAUUUCCUCGGGGGCUGGCCCUCGGUAUUCUACCUUUUCGGCGGCGUCACGAUCGUUUGGUUCGUAUUGUGGGUGUUGUUGACAUCGGAUAAGCCGGAGGAUCACCGCUUCAUCACAGGAAGGGAGAUCGAAAAAAUUCGGAACGGACUCAGCCGACAGAAAAGCGAAUCCCGCCGACCGCGCCUCCCCUUGAAGAGCAUCCUCUUAUCCGCUCCGGUUUGGGCUUAUGUUUGCACGACAUUCGGUUUCUUGUACCUGCAGUACACGUUGAUAACCGAGCUGCCUACUUACCUGGGCACCGUACUGCAUUUCGAUAUCGGGAACAACGGAGUUUACUCGUCCCUGCCAUAUUUCGGCGCGAUCGUGACGUCCGCUGUCGCAGCGAUGAUUUCAGAUUUCUUGGUCAAACGAAGUUUACUUCGAGUGACCACAGUGCGCAAACUCUUCAACUCGAUAGCCAUGUUUGGCUCCUCGAUUGUCCUCAUGUUGGUCGUGACGGUCGCCGGUUGCGACGGCCAAAUGAGUCUGAUUCUAUUCCUGAUUGCGGGCGCAAUCCGAGGUCUGGCGGAGUCCUCGACAGGACCGAUCGCGAUCGAUAUGGCCCCCGAUUUCGCAGGGACGAUUUUCGGCCUCACUGUUACCGUCGGAAGUUUCAGCGGUAUCAUCGUUCCGUAUGUAAGCGGUCUUCUAACGAACGAAGUGAACUCCACUACGAAUUGGUCGUAUAGUUUCUACGUGGCCGGAGCUGUCGGUAUUUUGAGCGGGAUCGUUUUCUUGGUAUUCGGUAGCGCAGACCUCCAACCAUGGGCUGUCGAGCAAAACUCAUCGGAGGAAUGUAGAGCGGCAGAGAACGACCUUAGCCUGAGGUCUAUCGGGACCGCCGAAGGAGGAGAUAAAAAGUAA